AUGGCAGGUAAUUUUAUGCAAAAUGAUAAUUAUGAUUAUGCUCAACCUUCUUCUGAACAGAACAACUAUAAUAACCGCCAAUUUCAGUCUCAGCAACAACAACCACCUCAGCAGGCAAAUUCUAAAUCCCAAGAAGAUUCUAAAUGGGAAAUGAUGAUGAGUUUCAUGCAAGAAACCAGGGCCUCCGUUAGAAACCUGGAGGUAGCUGGUUGUGAGACCAAGGUCAAUGAAGAUCCAGUUGAAGGAGAAGCUCGAGAGGAGAAGAAGGAAGAGGUAGAACACGCCCCUCCUAAGCGUGCAGACAACCCGUUUCCUGACUCUCUUGACAACUAUCCCGCCUUACCAAAGGCUCCUGAAUAUAAGCCAAAAAUGUCAUAUCCUCAGAGGCUUCAGAAAGCAUCCAAGGAAAAGCAAUUCUCUAAAUUUUUAGAUGUCUUCAAGAAGCUGCAGAUCAACAUCCCUUUUGCAGAGGCUCUGGAGCAAAUGCCUCUCUAUGCCAAAUUUAUGAAAGAAUUGUUGACCCACAAGAGGAAUUGGAAGGAGCAAGAAACCAUGGUGGUCCUGAAUGUUUUUGAAGCUCUCAAGCACCCUAAUGAUUCUGAGGGGUGCAUGAAAAUAGAUGUUAUCGAACCACUUGUUCAAGAAGUACUGGAAUCUGAGGUAUUUGAUGAUGUUCUGGAUCCUAUUUCUGAGUAUGAAUUAGUUGAAGUUAAUGAUUCACCACCCCAAAAAAAGCUGAUGAACACGCUAAGCAAGGAGGAGGAAGCCCCCAAGCUUGAGCUCAAACCCUUACCUCCUUCCCUGAAAUAUGUGUUCUUGGGUGAAAAUGAUUCAUAUCCAGUUAUUAGUAGCUCUUCUCUGAAACUUGAAGAGGAAGAGGCGCUUGUUUCAGUGCUCAAGAGUCGUAAAACAGCUCUUGGGUGGACUAUUAGUGACUUGUAG